GGGCCUUCUCUCGCUUCCCUUUCACGCCGUCCACGACUUCAAUUCGGUGCCUCCCCGCCCCCUCAGCUACCGCUGCCGCGUGUUCUACUUUGUACUGCCCCGACAAUCUACUGCAGUGCACGCCUCGACCUCAACCCGUGCACUUCAUUCCUACAAGGUUGCCUCACCGCCGCCCUUGAGCUGAACUCGACACGCUCGUACACAACUGUCUGUUCUGCUGUGCUUUGACUAGUAUGGCGGCUCCUACACAGUUGGCCUAUCGAACCUCCAAGGGUGUGGGAGUCUUCAACGCCGCGCCAGUGUAUGAGGCUCUGCCUGGAUUCGACCGGCCUCAAGGCAACCUCCGAUGCUGCUGCUACUCUCCCGACAGUAGAUACUUUGCAUGGGCAUCACCCGAACAGGUUUCGGUCAUUGAUGCCUCUGUCGGCCACAUUGUCACCACGCUCCCCACGCCCAAUGUCUUCGAGAUUGGGUUCUCCCCAUUGGGCACGUACAUGAUUACUUGGCAGCGACCCACAAAGGACGAGGAUGGUAAUUCUACGAAGAACUUGAAAGUCUGGACGACCGUGGCGGAAGAUGCAGGGAGUGACACUGAGCGAACGUUCGUCGGCCAGUUCGUCCAGAAGUCUCAAACUGGCUGGAAUCUGCAGUACACUGCGGACGAGCGUUACUGCGCCCGCGUCGUGACGAACGAGGUGCAAUUUUACGAGUCUGGAGACCUGGGGACGGUCUGGAACAAGCUCCGUGUUGAAGGAGUGUCCGACUUCGCAGUCUCGCCCGGCAAGAACCAUUCAAUUGCCGUUUUUGUCCCCGAGCGAAAGGGUCAACCAGCCGCAGUGAAAGUUUUCCAGGUUCCUCAGUUCAGUGCUCCUGUGUCACAGAAGACAUUCUUCAAAGGCGACAAAGUCCAAUUGAAGUGGAACGACCUGGGCACUAGCUUGAUUGUUCUAGCCCAGACCGAGGUCGACAAGACAAAUAAGAGUUACUAUGGAGAGACCAAUAUGUACAUUUUGAGCGCGAACGGCACCUUCGACUCGAGGAUCCAACUUGACAAAGAGGGCCCUAUCCAUGAUGUGUCAUGGUCACCCAACUCGAAAGAGUUUGGUGUUACAUACGGCUAUAUGCCAGCCAAAACCACCAUCUUUAAUGUUCGUGCUGUUGCCCAACACAACUUUGACCUCGGCCCACGCAACACUAUUCUGUUCUCCCCUCACGGUCGUUUCGUGCUCGUAGCUGGAUUUGGAAAUUUGGCCGGACAUAUGGAUAUCUACGAUCUUGAAAAGGAUUACGCGAAAGUCUGCACCAUCCAGGCUGCCAAUUGCACCCAUUGCGAAUGGAGCCCCGAUGGAAGGCAUAUUCUUACCGCAACCACGAGCCCGCGUCUUCGUGUCGAUAAUGGAAUACGUAUCUGGCAUGUUGGUGGCGGGCUUAUGUACAAUGAGGACUUGUCGGAACUCUACCAUGUCACCUGGCGUCCCCAGUCUACUCUGACGCACCCGCUGGAGAAUCCUCUCCAUCCUGUGCCGACUCCACAUGCAUCGGCUCUUGCAUAUUUGAGCACCGUUAAGACUCCUUCAAAGCCUGCCGGAGCGUAUAGGCCCCCUGGAGCCCGCGGAACCACCACUCCUCUCCUCUUCAAGCGUGAAGACGAAGGCGGUGCGGCGUACACUAACAACGGAAUAUCUUCCACAAAUGCAUUGAUAUCGAAUGGGUUUGGAAAGCCACGUCGCCGCGAAGUUCCUGGUGCGGAGCUAGCUGAAUCUCUUCCACCUGGGGCUGCGCCGGGCGGCGGCGUCAGCUUGACUGGAACUGGAGAAGGUGAGGAGGCUAUAUCUAAGGCCGCUUUGAAGAACAAGAAGAAGCGAGAAGCUAAGAAGGCGAAAGAGGCUGCAGAGAAGGCAGCAGCUCUAGGUGCGAACGCCGACGGGACUGCCCCUCCCACAGGACCAGCAAGUGCGAACCGAAGCCCUGAAAGGCGAGACGGACGCGGACACCAACGUAGCAGAAGCAAGAACGGGGGCUUUGGAAGCCAAGGCGGUGGAAGAGCUCCAAGCCAAACGCGUAAUUAUCAUGGAAACAGCCCGCAUGGUCGCCAUGGAUCCGGAUAUGAGGACCAAGGCUACCAACAAUCGAACCACCACUACAACAAUCACCACCGCGCUGGAUCCGGACAUCACACUCCGCAGAGAAAUAGUGCAGGUGGCCCCCCUCAGCAGCUCGCGCAGAUCCAAACGCAGCACCAAAGUCCGGCGCCUAACGUCACGAUAACGAGUCCCGAUGGCGGACAAGAUAAGAAAGUUCGCAGCCUAUUGAAGAAGAUGCGCGCAAUCGAUGAUUUGAAAAUGCGGCAGGCUGGGGGUGAGAAGUUGGAGGAUACGCAGGUCAAGAAAAUCGGCACUGAGGAAUCGAUUCGUAGGGAAUUGGAGAGCUUGGGGUAUCAGGCCUAACAGCAUUAUCCCUAUGUCAAGACAGGACUCGACGCUGUGCUAUACUGGUUGUCUUGCGAGUCCCUACCCGAUAAGAAUCUGGAUAUUUUCUGCUUGCUGUUUACUUGCACUUGCAUUAUCCUGGCGUUUUGAGAGAUGAGGUGAGAUUGACAUGAUGCCAAGAUGUUACGGCUGAAUAGUAUCUCUUGCGUAUCUAGGGAAAGAAAGUAAAAGCAUCUAGAUUCUUUGAUCUUUGGAACUUGAUAGAUUGGGAGUAUUAUUAGAUAAUAUGAAGGGGGUCAAGGCCACUGGGGGAGCUUGUGUGAGUAGAUGAAUAAAAACCGAGAAAAUCCAUAUUGUUGCGUACGCAAUCUUCACAGCUUUGGGCUAGUUAGAUGGAUGAAUAGAUAUUGUGGAAAUUUGC